AUUCAGUCGUCACAGAAAACCACCGGGCCAGACUUUUCACGCUGUACACAAGAUGCGCGUUUAGUUUACAAAGCGAUUGUACAUGUAUUUAGACAGCACAGACAGAUAGGGGAAGAAUCAUCUGGCACCCGACUCUCAAUGUUUUUAUUACUGGACUCGUAUGGUGCUUGAAGAUGUGGGAUCAGAUGUAAGCCUGAGCUCGUUUUUUUACAGUUAUAACUGAGUCAAUCUGCAGACCUGUCCCGAGAAGGGGCAGAGCCAAGGUGUAGGACUAUAUGCCUCAUAUUGUGCGUCAGAUGGCGACCUUGCCACAUUCUGCUGAUAUCAUCAUCAAAGAAGAAACGUUUGACUCCACGAUAAGUAAAAGUGUGAGGUGUAAUGGUUGUGGUGACACCAUAGCUGAUCGUUACUUGCUUCGUGUUGGCGGAGCGUUAAGCUGGCAUAUGAAGUGCCUAAGCUGUACUGCAUGUCGAACCAAGUUAGACACACAAGUGACAUGCUACUGUCGGGACUCCAAGGUCUACUGUAAACACUGCUAUUCCAGAACUUUCAGCACAAAGUGUGCUGGGUGUGAGCGCACCAUUCACGCUAGUGAUUGGGUCAGAAGGGCUAAGAACCACGUGUAUCACUUGGCGUGUUUCGCCUGCGAUGACUGCAAACGACAGCUCUCUACGGGGGAAGAGUUCGCGAUGUUGGACAGCAAGGUCCUGUGCAAAGUGCACUACUUGGAUAUGAUCGAAGGAAGUUUUCAGGAAGCUGACGGUAAAAACGAUAUUGUUGAUAAGAGAAAUAUGCAUAAAUCAAAGAGGAUAAGGACCACUUUCUCUGAGGAGCAGUUGGAGGUCUUGCAAGCUAAUUUCACCGUAGACAGUAACCCAGAUGGCCAAGACUUAGAACGUAUUGCCCAGCAGACAGGCCUUAGCAAGCGUGUCACACAGGUGUGGUUUCAAAAUUCACGUGCACGCCAAAAGAAGCACAAAGGUUCACCCGGUGACGGGUUGCAUGGUUCAUCAUCGAGCGAUGAAGGGUCGAGGCAGGAUGUGUGUGUCUCGUGCGGGACUUCAUACUGCGUGUGCAUCAAGGGCAGAGGGCCAACGUGUACCACAUAAUCACGGCCCACCGCACGGUCUGAACAUCGUGUUAGAUGAUUAUGAAAUGUUCUCAAAUUAGAAAUAUGAGAAAAAUGUCCGUUUAUGAAACAUCCCGCUUUGUCGGCUGGUUUGCUAACUCCUCAUUCCCUAAGCAGCAUAAUUUCGGAAGCGCCCUGAGCGCAGAUAUUUUGAAUGCAUAUUUCAAUGGUCGAAUAAUUUGUCACUUGAAAUUCGACGAAAUAGAAAAAAAAUGUUCUGAAAACAACGCCGAAAUACAAACAAAAACCGCUGCAAUCAUCAGCACGUUUUCCUUUGAGCGGGCACGUGGGUGGUUAUUGUAGGGCGCCAAGUGAAACGCUCAUUUUGCUGAUUGUUAUUUCGGUGUUGGAUGAAUUGGCUACAGUACCUAAUCAGUUUCGAAUAAAGUGCUCUUAACUAAGAUCAAGGCGCUUUACAUUAUUGUUACCCGUGAUCAGUGGGCCAAUGAAACAUUCCUAAUACCAUCUCAGCUCCCUGGGGAGUGUGCAGCUCGAGACUACCAUUUCGGCGCAAAGGACCUAAAAUCAAACCCAAUAACCAUCUCUGCCCCCACAGGUACCCAUUUACUCCUGGGUGGGGAGAAACAAUGCAUGACAAAGUGCCUUGCCCAAGGGCACACGCACCAUAACCCCAAACCCCAGGCUGGAAUCGAACCCGCAACCUGCAGAAUCAUCCGCAGACCACGAGGCCACGGCACUCCACAAAAUAAUAGCCCAACAAACCUAAAAACUUCACAACCUUUCGAGCCAUAGGUUUGUGCACAAGCAUUGCUACACCAAGCAGGCUAGCUUUUAAUUAAUAAACAGCUCUGUGGUAAAAAUUGUAAUAAAAAAGGAGAGAAAAAAGUAGUAUGACCUGGGAGGAUUGGAUGCAUUAUUUCCUCAAGAAGGGUAGACGAAUUUGCAUCCUGAUUAAUAACAAAACAAUAGAAAAAAACGGAUAUCCUUUAAUGUUUGUUUAUCUCGAUAACACUUAAGCCAUUAAUGGGAGAAAAAUGAGGAAAUUAUAAAUCGGCCUGUGGCCCGAAAAGUUAUAGUUUUUAAAGUGCAAUAUUAGAAGUUUUAAAUAUUUUUUUUCCAGGCUACGCAAUGAUAAUGGUGAUAGACUUUUUACUUUGUGUUGAUUUGGAUUGUUUACUGUCAAACCCAUGUUAAAUGUGUAGCUGUCUACUUAAUGAAACCAAACGUGCUUCACCUUGUUGACUAAAAGUGUUGUAAAUAAAUAAUUUGUUAAUUAAAAUGUUAGGUAUAUAUAUUUUUUCCAUAACAUAUGGACGUGUGUACAUUGUGAUGCAUAUUAGAUACUUGUGUUUUUUUUAAUCUUAAUUCAAUAACUUGAAAAACACGGAAGAUCUACGCAUGUCUAUCUUUGUGAAACAAAAAUGCCGCCCUCUAGGCAGUUGAUGUCGUUAAAGGGCACAUUUUGUGUCACUUUCUACCCUCUUAAAUGUAUGAAAACUACUUAACAUCCCCUUUUGGUUAAUUUUAUUGAAAAGUGCACGUUCUUAAAACUUUAAAAUUUUCCAUUUUUUUCCUGACAAAUGAGGGUGCUGUUGCUGUGAUGUCAUUUCAGGAAGACACUGUCCACUUUAGGGGGUUUCUGUUCAAAUUGUGAGCCUAAAAUUUGCUCAUUGAAAACAUUUUUGAGAAAACAUUGCUCAUUGCCUUACUGUCAUGUACUGUAAUGUAUCCUUUUUUAUACCAAUAUAACAGUGAAGUUUCAGCCUGGAAUAACAUCACACUUUAGCUCAUGAAUAUGGAAAUUGCAUUAGCAUAAAAACCAAAACGCACCAAAAUGCCCUUUAAAAUGGCAAAAUGAAAAUAAGGUUAAAUGGGACACAAAGGUGUGUUUUUCAGGACUGCAUUAAAACAAACACAUUGCAUGGGCCCUUUAAGGGUUUACCCAACCGCCAUAUUGAUAACAAGCUAAUACUGAUGUAGUUGCUUUAAAGGUACGUAAGAUCAUUUGCUUUUUGUGCAUUUUAUUUUAUCGUUUGAAGCAUCAACAUUGCUAUUAAAAAUCUCAAGUAGGGUGCAUAUAACAACUAAUAACAUGUUGAAAUUUCAGCUCAGUGGAUACAAUACACUUUGAGAAAACAGACAAGACGCAUGAACAAUUUCUGGGUCUCUCAUAACUGGAUUCUCUUAACCCAGGUAAUGUCUACCCGUGAGCACCCUAUUUUGAAACCAUCUUCACUGUUUGUUUUCUUCCAAACAAUGCCAUUUCAGAAGGAAUAAUUUCACAGGGUAUUUGAUACCAGUCCUAUCUUGACUUUGAGCAAGGUUCCUGUCAUUGAUUCGGUUGGUACUUUUCCAGGUUAUUGCAAAUGAUCCUACGUGGCUUUAACAUUAGAGAAAAAACCUUUCUAUCUGAGAGUAUUGUCAGCAACAAAUCA